UCCGUGAGUAUAUAUAAGACCGCGACAUCCCUUGCCGUUUCGUCCCCCCUUGCUCCCAACAGACCAUCCCCGUCACUCUCACCAAACCCCCACGAUGAGAACCUCCCUGCUCGCCUCCGCGCUGUCCGCCUGGGCGGCCGUGACCCACGUGGCCGCCAGCCCCCUGCGUCCCAUGGGGGAUCUGGUCAAGCGCAGCCCCGACGGCAACUUCAGCCUGUACGACUACGGCGUUGCGGCCCGAGCAGUCAAGCUGUUCUACGCGGACGGACUGGCCUACUUUGGCACCCCGUCGGACUGGACCUAUGGCUCUGUCGUAACCGACGUGACCUUCACCUUCAGCGACGGCACGAUCUCGACGGCGGCGCUGACCGAGGGCGUCACGCUGCCGGACGAGACGCUGCUGUACAUCCGGCCCAACGCGGACGCGGUGACGGCGGUGGGCUUCACGGGGGACGCGACGCCGUCGGACGCGGUGACGGAUGGCUGGAUCUGGUACGGAGCGUGGCUGAUGUACGAGGCGGCGUCUGGGACGCUCGAGGAGACGUUCUACGUGCAGGAGACGAACGUCACGGGGGUGUGGCAGCUGUUCUGGAUCCCGUCGGGCGUGUCCAGCAGCGGGUACACCGCGGGCAACGUGCGCGACAUCGCGGAUUCCUGAAUAACCCUAAUGACCCCAUCCCGAUAGCCCGGCCAAGAAAGAAAUAAAAUCCUCUGGAUUCCCACGUGUGCCCCGACAGACGGACGUAGAUAGGCGUGAGUAGUUGAUUGAGGGCUGUCAUCCUGCCCCUGGGCCAAGGGUGC